AUGAUACCUCAUUUUAUAGCCGUUUUAUUUUUGCUUGUUGAAGCAUUUUACAGCGGUGCUCAGGCGAAGAUCACAAGCUUCAGAGUCAACGGCGAGGUGUACUCACACAUCCUGCCCGUCUACGUCACACAAGGCGCUGACGUCAUCUUCAACUGUGACGUCGACAACAUCACCUCCACGUCACACAUCGUCAUCAUCGACGACGCUGGGCAGCAGGUAGCAUCGACCAACCAGUCAAGAACGUUAGCACACGUUAUGUACAACGUGACGUGCGAUGUAAUCAGCGGUUACAUAUGCCCGAUUAAGUUCUGCCACAACAGCCCACGUAACGCCACAUGGAUCGGCAAACUUGGUGCAACUGCCACCAUCUCCCUGUGCGCUAUAGCCGACGUAAAGACCCACGCCGGCCUCUCUCUCUGGAUCAACGGCGAGAGAAUCAGGACCGUCACCUCCCACUCCAAGUACCAGUUUACCUUCAGCAUGAUUGGACAAUCCACGAUGCACUACAACGUUUCCAUGGCGAUGAAGAUCAAUAAACCGGAGGACUUUGGGCAUUAUUUUGUAGAGGAUAGAGAAUACGGCGUUGACGUUCUUACCUUUAGCGUCGAUUUACACGGAGAAGGUGAGAAGUGCCCUAAGGACUGGUGUGAGCUAGAGGCCAGGUGUGUUCACCUGGAGGACCCAACUGACAACGUGACCCUUGCUGCAGGUGUGUGUGAGUCGUAUGGUGGUCACGUGAUGCGGGAGACACCGACGACAGGUGCUGCUCAAUGUAUGUCAGACCAUAACGCGAACAGAAUAUGGAUCAUAAACAACACUGUCUGUGAUGUUUGGAAUGAACAAACCAAAUCCAUAGAAUCGACAAGGAACUGCUCUGAUGAUUCCAGCUUGACCUUGCCUUAUUUUUGCCAGCUGCCGUUUUGGGCACCAUGGAAACGUGAAAUCACUUUACAUGACCCAAACAAUUCCACGAUGUACUGGAUAGUAGCUGGAGGUGUUGCUGUAGUUAUUGCCCUUGUUAUUGCCGGAUUUCUGAUCUUUAGAGUUUUACGUAUAAAGACUAAACGCCUAGCACUGCCUGACGCGGCGCCCGGCCAGUUCACCACAAGUUCAGCCGACCACGACCGUUACACCCUGAUUGACACGUACGACAUGCCGGACGGGGAACGUCACAUGCCAGUCAUACGUCAGCGGGAUGGCUACUACACGUUCGAUGAGUGUUAUGACGUCACAGACGGCCAGGACACGCCCCCGGUUAUCCCGCCUAUGUUAACGCGCAUGCCACAACGUCAUGUGUACGACGUUCCUGCACCAUCUGAUUAACGCCUUAGACUCCAAUAUUCACGCUGGAAAAUGGCAGUGUUUCU